CAAAGAGGCUGGGAGCUGAAAAAAAUAGUCCUCCUAAUUCUAUGAAGUGAUUUUCUAUCCUGAUUUUAAAAGUUUGUGCUAGAGAAUAAAAAAGAAUCACUUUUAGCCACAGAAUCACUUCUCGCAGAGAAUCAGCUCUUAUAGAGAAUCAAAAUCAGAUGGAGAUCUACUGCACAGACUCUGUGUUUGCUGUGUCUUCUCUUUGUGGCAGUGGUAGUGAUCCUGAAGAAGUUGACCUUUGCAUUGGGGGCCCAUAUUGGUGUUCAUUUUCAUCGCUAGCCCGUAGAGCAAAUCAUCGGUGCUACUGCUGCACUAUUGCACUAUUGGUGCCCUUUCCAGCUGUAGGAGCAGCCCAUCGUCCGUAUAUAAGGGGUCCAUUGGUACGUUGUAGCUCCUCGCCGGAGUCCUGUGCUGCACAAGGAAGGAGAGAAACCGGAUUCAUAUUAUAUACCUGCUUAAAGCAACAAUGCCUAAGGUCAGGUCAAUCUUCACCGUUCUCAUUGUGAUGCUGCUAUUGGUCAGUGCAUCUUCAGGACAAACUGCAGUAACAGAAGGGAACCAUGAAGAUACUUUGGAAGUGGCAGAGAGACACGGCAGGAGGGUUCUGACGGACAUUCAGGAUUACGACUACGGUGGAUCCAACCCCAAACACGAUCCACGCAGGAAGCCAGGGAAUGGGCACUCCCGGUGAGCCAUGUCGCUGCAUGUCCGAGGACAGGAUAAACUCCCCGUGACGGCCUGACGGGGUGACCCAUGACGCUGCAGCCACUGGACUGGUAUCCUUUGCUUACUGAGUUACUGUAACGAACACUAGAAGCAGGAUGGUUUGAUCCUUUUGCUUGCACCUUUGCCACCUUAUUUAAGUCAGCCAGUUGCACACGAGCUUCAGACCAGCUGUUCUGGAUCGUGCUUGAUGCAAGCAUUCAGGUGUGUUUGCUGAUUCAAGCACUGGUUAUGGAAAGCUAAGGCUGUUCAGUUUAGUUGUUCAGAUAAGUUAACGACUAUGUCACUAUCUCAGUAUGUAACUAUUGCUCUCUUCUCGAAAUCACGUAUGAAAGUGAAACACCAUUGUAAAUUUUCCCCCGAGUACGUUAGAGGCUUACAGCCUUCAGCCUUGCA